UCUUUAACGACUAUUCAUGUCACACAUUUGUCAUUUCAUUAAUCAAAACUAUUAUUCAUCAAAAAUUACACAGUACUGGAGUAUCUUUUCAGAAAACCUUCCACAGCAUGUCCUCGGAGUACUCAUUCUGCAGCGAAGGCGGCUUCGACGAGCUCUCAAGUUCCUCGGAUUCCGGUUUUGACGUCAGCUUCGAAUCGCCAAAACACGAGGUCCAGUCAGACACCCUGUUUCCACCAGCCAAAGAAGGAAAACGAAAGAAAACCCGAAACACACGGUGCAAGAGUCCCACACAGGUGCUCAGGCUGAAAAGGAACCGUCGAAUAAAGGCGAAUGAUCGAGAGCGGCACAGGAUGCACACAUUGAACGACGCGUUGGAACGUCUCCGGAUGGCGUUGCCGACCUUUCCGGAAGACACGAAGCUCACGAAAAUCGAAACCCUCCGUUUCGCCCACAACUAUAUUUGGGCGCUGUCACAGACGUUGGGGAAUUCCGAAGCAGGCGAAAUCACAGUGAACGUGGGUAACGUGACGGUCAGUAUCAGUGAGAAUGGAAACAUGAUCACCUCCUCGACCGGAAGCUGUGCUGUAGCCGCGCAGAAGCGGCUUGGACCGUCGCAUACUGUCUUUCCUUAUCCUCAAGAAAGAUUCGUGCCCGAAUGGCAGGAGUACGAUUGUUAUAGCGAUCAGAGUGUUAGUCCACCGAUGCAGUAUCAGCAGUGUUAUGACCAGAGGAUGUAUCAUGCGCAGCAUCAACUUCCUGCGCCGCAUCAUAUGGGACAUAAUAAUAUGUAUCAGUGUCUUUAGGUAGCUUUUAGCUCGUGGAUGUUUCCAAGCACUUUGGUGGGUGAUGAUGGAAAUGAUUGUAAGAAAAUGAACUUCCAUAGUUUUUUCCAUUAUCGAAGAAGUUUAUAAACGAUUAGGCGAUCGUUUAAAGUGGUUAUGAUAAUGUAUAAGAAAAGGUUGACAGUUAGAAGAAAUUCAUGUGUCAAAAACGACGAUUUAAAAGAAGUGUGUACCUAAGGAAUUUUAUGGACAAAUUGAAGGAAUUUUCAGGGUCAGUAUUUUUGAAGCUUCGAAAUGAAUUUAGUACUUACGGAAUAGAUAUAUCAGUAAUCACGAGUCGCAUGAGUCAUCGCCGCCAUUGUACCUUUGUAAUGAGCAACGAUGCUUCAGAAAUUGCAUAUGUUCAGUAGUGAAUUCAGUGCUAUACAGUGAGGUUAACAAAUCUAGCAAAUUGGCAAUUACAGAAAUUCUAACUAAUUAACUACUGAUUUAUUAAGUAACGUUUCUGUAAGGAAAAAUUUUAAAGUUAAAGUGCUGAGAUCUAAUUGAACCUUAAGUUUCUAUUUGAUAAUUAAUAAUCGAAGACCAAAGAAUUUUAAUCCUCCAUGCUUUAGUGAAUUUUUUUAUACAUUCUACAAAGUUCCAAUAACAAGUAUAAUAAGUAAAAGCAUGCAGUACAAUUUACGAGCAAGGCAAAUAUAUUUUGCUAGUAAUUGUAUUUUACAGAAACAUGCAA